AUGUCCGAGCAGGACGAACCCGCCGUCGGAGUCAGGGGAAGAGCGGGGUCCCCGGGCUGGGCAGGAGCGACCCGGACGCGAGGGAGCAGAGCGCGCGCUCCCCUGGCUGUCCCGUGCGGCGAGGACCGCACUGAGCUGCCCCAGAGGAAGUUCCAGAAUCAGCGGAGGGAGGGAGUCAAGAUGGAAACCCCGGAGCGGGACCGGGGGCUGGCCCCUUCCUUCAGCAUAAAAGGUGUGAAGUUCUCCUUAGGCUGCACCUGUUCCUACCUGCACCUCUAUACCGGGCUCCCUGAGCUUGGGGCAGAAGCUUUUGAAGACUGGGGUGGAGCACCAUGUGGAGGGACCAUCAAGGAACAGUGGAGCCAGAGUUUAAGUGAGGACAGCGAUGGCACUGCAGGGCCACAGCCUAGUUUACCUGCCACGUUUCCAGUUGUUCUUCCGCUACAUUUUGUCUUGUUGAGAUCCAGGCAGUUGAACAGAGCCCAAGGUCAAACAAAUAAGAGUUCCUGCACCACGACCAGAGACACCGUGUGUCAGUGUGAAAAAGGAAGCUUCCAGGAUAAAAACUCCCCUGAGAUAUGCCGGAAGUGUAGAACAGGGUGUCCCAGAGGGAUGGCGAAGCUCAGUAAUUUUACGUCCCAGAGUGACAACAAGUGGAAAAAUGAAUCAGCUGCCAGUUCCAUUGGGAAAACCCCAGCUGCAAAGGUGACAGUGACCACCAGCCUUGAGCCGCCUGCCUCUUCUGGUCUUGACACAGCCUUGUACAUUGGACUUAGAGUUGGGGCUGUAACCAUCUUCCUUCUAUGUGUGACAUUUUGCAUUGUAUUUCGGAAGAAAAUCAUUUCUUGCCUGAAAGGCAUCUGCUCAGGUGGUGGAGGAGGUCCCGAACGUGUGCACAGAGUCCUUUUCUGGCGUCGUUCAUGUCCUUCACAAGUUCCUGGGGCGGAGGACAAUGCCCGCAAUGAGACCCUGACUAGCAGAUACUUGCAGCCCACUCAGGUCUCUGAGCAGGAAAUCCAAGGUCAGGAGCUGGCAGAGCCAACAGGUGUGACUGUAGAGUCGCCAGAGGAGCCACAGCGUCUGCUGGAACAGGCAGAAGCUAAAGGGUGUCAGAGGAGGAGGCUACAGGUUCCAGUGAAUGACGCUGACUCCGCUGACAUCAGCACAUUGCUGGAUGCCUCGGCAACACUGGAAGAAGGACAUGCAAAGGAAACAAUUCAGGACCAAUUGGUGGGCUCCGAAAAGCUCUUUUAUGAAGAAGAUGAGGCAGGCUCUGCUACGUCCUGCCUGUGAAAGAAUCUCUUCAGGAAACCAGAGCUUCCCUCGUUUACCUUUUCUCCUACAAAGGGAAGCAGCCUGGAAGAAACAGUCCAGUACUUGACCCAUGCCUCAACAAACUCUACUAUCCAAUAUGGGGCAGCUUACCAAAGGUCCUAGAACUUUGUCAACACACUUGGAGUAAUUUUUAUGAAAUACUGCGUGUGAUAGGCAAACGGGAGAAAUUUAUAUCAGAUUCUUGGCAUCAUAGAGUUAUAUGAUUGUGUAUUAAGGGUGGUUUUAGGCCACAUGCGGUGGCUCAUGCCUGUAAUCCCACCACUUUGGAAGGCUGAGGCAGGUGGAUCCCUUGAGCUCAGGAGUUCGAGACCAACCUGGUCAACACAGGGAAACUCCGUCUCAAUUUAAAAAGAAAAAAAGUGGUUUUAGGAUGUCAUUCUUUUCAGUUCUUCAUCAUGAGACAAGUCUUUUUUUUUUCUAUUUCUUAUAUUGCAAGCUCCGUCUCUACUGGUAUGUGCAUUUAAUGACAUCUAACUACAGAUGCCACACAGCCACAAUGGUUUUCCUCAUAGUUUUUUUAACUUUAGAACGGGAUUAUGUGAUUAUUACCUGUAUUUUCAGUUUAGGAUAGUUUUGACUUAACGAUUAGAUUAUCAAGACGUAGCCCUAUGCUAAGUCAUGAGCAUAUGGACUUACGAGGGUUCGACUUAGAGUUUUGAGCUUUAAGAUAGGAUUAUUGGGGCUUACCCCUACCUUAAUUAGAGAAACAUUUGUAUUACUUACUACAGUAUACUGUACAUCUUUCUAUUUUCUGAUUUUUGUAUAAUGAUGUAAACAUGGAAAAACUUUAGGAAAUGCACUUAUUAGGCUGUUUACGUGGGUUGCCUGGAUGCAAAUCAGCAGUCAAAAAUGACUAGAAAUAUAACUAGUGACGAAGGGAGAAAUCCUCCCUCUGUGGGAGGCACUUAUUGUGUUCCAGUUCUCCCUUUUGCACCCUGAACUGCACCAGGGUGUGAUGGCUGGCAGCUUCUCAAAGGGCAGCUUGUCUUACUUGAUAAUUUUAGAGGUAUAUAGCCAUAUUUAUUUAUAAAUAUUUAUUUAUUUAUUUAUUUAUUUAUUUAUUUAUUUAUUUAUAAGUAGAGGUUUACAUAUGCCCAGGAUUUUGAAGAGCCUGGUAUCUUUGGGAAGCCAUGUGUCUGGUUUGUCAUGCUGGGACAGUCAUGGAACUGCCUCUUCCUACUUGUCCACAGCAGAUGAGGACAGUGAGAAUUAAGUUAGAUCUGAGACUGCGAAGAGCUUCUCUUUCAAACACCAUUACAGUUGAACGUUAGUGAAUCUUGAGCCUCCUUUGGGCUCAGGGCAGAGCGAGUGUUUAUCUGCCCCGGCAUCUGCCAUGGCAUCAAGAGGGAAGAGUGGACGGUGCUUGGGAAUGGUGUGAAAUGGUUGCCGACUCAGGUAUGGAUGGGCCCCUCUCGCUUCUGGUGGUCUGUGACCCUGAGUCCCUGGGAUGCCUUGUAGGGCAGAGAUUCCUGAGCUGCGUUUUAGGGUACACAUUCCCUAUCUGAGGAGCUUGGCCCCUCUGUAAGCAUCUGACUCAUCUCAGAAAUAUCAAUUUUUAAACACUGUGACAACGGGACCUAAAAUGGCUGACACAUUUGUCCUUGUGUCAUGUUCCAUUAUUUUAUUUAAAAACCUCAGUAAUCAUUUUAGCCUCUUUCCAGCAAACUCUUCUCCACAGUAGUCCAGUCGUGGUAGGAUAAAUUAGGAUGUAGUCAUUCUACAGGUUUCAGUCUUUUCCAUCUCAAGGCAUUGUGUGUUUUGUUCCGGGACUGGUUUGGCUGCGACAAAGUUAGAACUGCCUGAAGAUCACACAUUCAGCGUAUUGUGUCUGUGGAGAUUUAGGAGGGGGUGGCCUUUCUGGCCUUUGCACUUCCGUCCUCUCCCACUUCCAUCUGGCGUCCCACGCAUUGUCCCCUGCACUUCUGGAAGAUACAGGGUGCUGCUGCCUCCUGGUCUUUGCCUUUGCUGGGCCUUCUGUGCAGAAGACUUGGCCUCAAAGCUCAGAGACAGCCAGUCCGGUCCCAGCUCCUUUGUCCCUUCCUUAGAGGCCUUCCUUGAAGAUGCAUCUAGACUACCAGCCUUAUCAGUGUUUAAGCUUAUUCCUUUAACGUACGCUUCCUGAGAACAUGAAAUUGCUGGGGUUUUUUGGUGUUGGUUGAUUUGCUUAGGUUUCGCUUUAUACCCAGGCCAAAUAGCACAUAACACCUGAUUAUAUAUGAAAUACUCAUAUGUUUAUGACC